AUGAAACCCUUCACCCUCCUCUUCACCUUCUUAACACCGCUAGUCGCCGCUUCGGCAUGCGGUCCCCCGAAAUGGAAGGUCGGGCAGACGGUCCAUACGACAAGCGGUUCCGUCCACGGACAUGCUGCGUCGACAGCGACAGAGGUGUCGGAGUAUCUGGGGAUUCCGUAUGCCCAGCCGCCGGUGAACAAGUUGAGGUUUUUGCCGCCGGUGCGGUAUCAUGGGAAGGGGAGGAUUGAUGGUGGGCGGUUUGGCCCAGCAUGCAUCCCCUCCAACAUCAGCGCAUACGACGCCGACUUCCCACAGUCGCUGAUCGAUUCCUACGGCAUCACCGACAUCGGCCGCGCAAUCAUCAAGACCAUGACCAACCCGGGCAUUCCCAUCAGCGAGGACUGUUUGACGCUGAACGUGUGGACCAAGCCGCAGACGGGCGAGAAGCAGAAACCGGUGCUGGUGUUUGUGCAUGGCGGGUCGUUUGUUUCUGGGAGCUCCGCUGUGCCAGCGUAUAACGGGCAGUUCUUUGCUGAGCAGGAGGAUGUGGUGUUGGUAACCAUCAACUACCGCAUCACCUUCUUUGGCUUCCCCGGCAACCCCCACAGCACGCGCAACCUCGGUCUGCUCGAUCAACGCCUGGCGCUCGAAUGGGUUCGCGAUAACAUUGCCCGGUUUGGCGGCGACCCCAAGCGCAUCACUCUGUUUGGCGAGUCCGCCGGUGGUGCUUCUGUCGACCACCACACCUUCGCCUUCGCCCACGACCCCAUCAUCGCCGGCGUGAUCCCCAUGUCCGGCACCGCCUCCGGCAUCACCCCCCGCCCUUCCGCCGCCGCCGCCUCCCUCUGGUACAACACCACCUCAGCCCUAGGUUGCGGCGACGCCACCACGCACCCCCCCUCCCUUGUCCUCUCCUGCAUGCAAAAAGUCCCCUACCCCUCCAUCCUCGCCACCCUCCUCAACACCAUCAACGCCCCGAUCCCCAUGUGCUACUCCCCCACCAUCGACGACCUCCACGUCUUCACCAACCCCUCCCAGCACCCCACCGCCAAAAUCCCCAUGCUCAUCGGCACCACCGACAACGAAUCCGGCCUGUUCAAAGUCUUCGUCCCUCCUUCCUUCGUCUCCGGCGACGGCAACCCCAACGCGACCUCUACCUCGCCGCAACAAAAUACCUUCUGGCACGGCGAAAACCAACGCACUUUCGUCUGUCCCGCCGCGGCGCGCGCCGCUCGCUCGGCCAGCGAAGGAAACCCCACCUGGCGGUACCGCUGGCAUGGUGUUUUUCCCAAUACCAACCUUGGGAACAAACCCGCUAGCGGGGCGUAUCACGAUUCGGAAACGGCGGUGUUGUUCGGGAAUGUGGACCAAAGCCAGGUGAGGAAUACGGAGGUGGAAGAGGCAACGGGACGGUAUUUGAGGGGUGCGUGGGCGGCGUUUGCGAGGGAUCCGGUGAGGGGGUUGGAGGGGUAUCGGGGGCCGAAGGGAUGGGGAAAUGUGGAGGAGAGGAAGGGGGAGAAUGGGUGGCCGAGGUAUGUGCCGGGGAAGGAGACGUUGGUUGAGUUGGGAUUGGAGGGGGUUGCGGGGAGGAGGUUGGUGAAGGGGAAGUUUUAUGAUGAUAAGUGUUAG